AUGGCACAAGGUCAGAAUGAUCAUUCCAAUGCUUCGAUGGUCGAGGCUCGCAAACUGUACGAUUUAGCGGGCUUGACUUCGAUAGUAACGGGCAGCUCAAGAGGAAUCGGUGCUGGUAUCGCACUCGAGCUUGCUCGACGCGGGGCCAAUGUCGUCGUCAACUACACUUCACCGAAGAGUCAGGAAGCAGCCGAGAGUAUUGUAAGCACAAUCGAGGGCUGUGGCUCAGGAGCACGCGCUAUCGCCAUUCAAGCCAACAUAGUCACCGCAGCAGGCCAGAAUAAGGUAGUGGAAGCAGCAUUGGAAUUGAGCGAAAACACAUCUAUCAAUAUCCUCGUGCAUAAUGCGGGCAACGGCGACGAUUGCUUCUUGCCGGAUGUCACUGAGGACUUCUACGAGAUGCAGACUGAUCUCAACGUUAAAGCACCUAUCUUCCUUACGCAGAAGGUAAUACCUCACAUGCCCCGGGGCGGCCGCAUCGUCCUUGUAUCCUCCUGCUCCGCACGCAUGGGCGUUGCACAACAAACUGUAUAUGCCGCCAGUAAGGCCUCAAACGAGUCCUUUUCACGUGUCUGGGCAACGGAGCUUGGCCAAAGCAAAGGUAUUACCGUGAAUUGCGUAAAUCCCGGACCAGUUGCGACGGAUGGUUACUUCAGCAGUACACAAGAAUUUCUUGACGACUUGAAGCCGCUCAUCGACUCAACACCUGCCGAGGCAAGAGUUGGCGAGGUAAGAGAUGUUGCGCCUGUCGUAGGAUUUUUAGCGAGUGAGGAGAGCAGGUGGGUCACUGGAAGUACUAUCAGUGCUUGUGGCGGGCUUCUAUUCUUCUAG